CCGGCCCGUCCAGUCCGCGCGUGACCAGAAGCACCCGAGAGCCGCCGGGAUGCCGCGCAAGACGCCGCCGCCGCGGCUCCUGCUGGCCGCCUGCGCCGCCUGCCUGGCCGCGACGGCUCCCCCCAGCGCCGCCCUCGGACGGAGCCCGGAGCUGGACCAGCUCUUCCGGGUCCCCGACGGGUGGCGCCACGUGGGCCGCGUCGGCCCCUCGGAGCAGCUGAGCCUGACCUUCGCCCUGCGGCAGCGGAAUGUCGAGCGCCUGGCCGAGCUGGUGCGGCGCGUCUCCUCCCCGGACUCGCCCGACUACGGGCACUUCCUGACGCUGGCGGAGGUGCAAGCCUUGGUAAAGCCAUCUUCUCUGGCACUGAACACCGUUCAUAAGUGGCUGGAGACUUACGGUGUCGGAGACUGCCGGGCGGUGCACACCUUGGACUUCCUGCAAUGCCCGAUGCCCGCCAAUGUGGCGGAGCAGCUCCUCUUGGGCGCCCAGUUCCAUCGCUACAGGAGUAAUGACAGCAAUGCUGUGAGGUCUCCUUUCCCGUACACCUUGCAGAAGGAGCUGGUGGAGCAUGUGGAGUUUGUGGGUGGUCUUCACCGGUUUCCAGCUGAGAGGAAAGCAGUUAUUCGGGGCUGGGCUGCAGAGAAGUCAUUGCCCUGGCAGGCAGCACUUUUCUCCUUUCACUUGGGUGUGACGCCGGCUGUGCUCCGCAAGCGCUACAACUUAACCGAGAGUGAUGUGGGGUCUGCACCCAACAACAGCCAAGCUUGUGCCCAGUUCCUAGAGCAAUACUUCCACCAGGCUGACUUGGCCGAAUUCAUGCAUCUCUUCGGGGGAAGCUUCCCGCACCAUUCCAGCGUUGAUAAGGUGGUGGGGCACCAGGGCUGCGGCAAGGCUGGCCUGGAAGCCAGUCUGGACGUGGAGUACCUCAUGAGCACAGGCGCCAACAUCUCCACUUGGGUCUUCAGCAAUGCAGGGAGGCAUGAGAGCCAGGAGCCCUUCCUGGACUGGCUGCUGCUGCUGAGCAACACGUCUGUGCUGCCCUGGGUGCACACGGUGAGCUAUGGGGAUGACGAAGACAGCCUGUCACAGGCCUACAUGGCACGUGUGAAUGUGGAAUUCAUGAAGGCGGCAGCCCGUGGGAUCAGCAUCCUGUUUGCCUCAGGUGACUCUGGCGCAGGCUGCCGGAAGGUCUCCGGGGGGAAGCACGUGUUCCGGCCGAGUUUCCCAGCCUCCAGCCCUUACGUGACUACAGUGGGUGGGACGUCCUUCCAGCACCCCUUCCUGGUGAGCGCUGAAGUGACCGACUACAUCAGUGGCGGAGGCUUCAGCAACGUCUUCCCCAUGCCAAGUUACCAGACAGCCGCUGUGAAACGGUUCCUGAGCACAGCCCCCAAGCUGCCUCCCUCGUCUUACUACAACAGCAGUGGGCGGGCCUAUCCUGACCUGGCUGCCCUUUCCGACAACUACUGGGUGGUGACCAACCGCAUCCCCGUGCCCUGGGUCUCUGGCACCUCGGCCUCUACUCCAGUGGUGGGGGGCAUCAUAGCCCUGAUCAAUGACCGGCGUCUCCAGCGAGGGCUGCCCCCACUGGGGUUCCUCAACCCUGCUCUCUACCAGCUCCAGAAGCGAGGGCCGUCCGCCGCCUUCUAUGAUGUGACCCAAGGGUGCCACUUGUCCUGCCUGGAUGCCACCGUGGAGGGCCAGGGCUUCUGUGCUGCUCCCUCCUGGGACCCUGUGACGGGAUGGGGGACUCCCAACUUCCCAGCGCUCCUGCAUGCCCUUCUGGGCCCGUGACUCCCGUGUGGGAGGAAGGCCCUUUGGGCUCAGGCUGUGAAGCUCUUCGGCAUCUCUUGCACACGAGCACAGAUCAGCUGUCAGUUGUAGGCAGGGCUGGGGGAGUGGGGCGGGGGGUCCGGGUUACAUAUCUGCAUCUGGGUUUUAUCCUUGAGCGUGCUCUGCUGUCGGUGGGUGAGCAGAAUCCUCUCAAACUUUGUCCUCAGUCAAGAAAACAAAUUCUCUUGUGCCUCCACAGGGAUAUCUCUCUUGCCCUCUUUCUGGACACCCACCAUAAGGAAAGUGGCCCCAAAUUGGCCAAAGGCCCAAAGGGCAGGGCAGGAGGCAAGUGAAGAGGGUUGCCAGGGAGCAGAGGCACCACUUCUGAGCUGCCUAAGGCUUGUUCGUGGAAGGCCUCCUGUAGAGACGGCAGCCUCUCGAGCAUGUUUGUUGGUUCCGUCUUCGGAAUGCUGCCUCUUGACAGACAGAUCUCUAACUGAAGGGAAUGUCCAGCAGCUUGGCACUUCUGUGUCCAUGUCUAUGAUGAAGACUAUGAUGCCUAUGGUGGCAGAGCAGAAUCAUAGAAUUGUAGGGUACCUCCAGGGUCAUCUAGUCCAACCCCCUGCACAAUGCAGGAAAUUCACAACUACCUCCCCCCACACACCCCGUGACCCCUGCUCCGUGCCCAGAAGAUGGCAAAACACCUCCAGGAUCCCUGGCCAAACUGGCCUGGGGAACAUUGCUACCUGAGCCCAAGGAGGCAAUCAGCCUUACUCUGAGCAUGUAAGAACGGGAUACGAAAACUAAGCACUGAUGCAACCCUUCCUGCCCUUCCCCUCAUGAUCUGUCCAGGUUCACAGAAUCAGCAUUGCUGUCAGGUGGCCACCUAGCCUCUGCUUGAAAGCCUCCAAAGAAGGAGAGCCCACCACCUCCUGAGGAAGCCUGUUCCACUGAGGGAUUGCUCUAACUGUCAGGAAGUUCUUCCAAAUGUUUAGCUGAAAACUCUUUUGAUUUAAUUUCAAACUGUUGGUUCUGGUCCAAUCUUCUGGGUCAGCAGAAAACAACUCUGCACCAUCCUCUACAUGGCAGCCCUUCAAGAACUUGAAGAUGGUUCUCCUAUCGCCUCUCAGUCGCCUCCUCUCCAGGCUAAACAUGCCCAGCUCCUUCAACCAUUCCUCAUAGGACUUGGUCUCCAGACCUCUCACCAUCUUUGUUGCCCUCCUCUAGACUCAAUCCAGCUUGUCUAUAUCCUUCUGAAAUUGUGGUGCCCAAAACUGAACACAAUACUCUUAAGUGAGGUCUAACCAGAGAAGAGUAGAGCAAUACCAUCGCUCCUCGUGAUCUGGACACUGCAGAGGUGGUUUGUGGGGCGGGGGGGGGGCAGUCUCUAGCCCUUGAUUGUUGCUCUGUGUUCCUGACGUACAGCCAGGUGGCCACGGCAUGGCAACUAAAAGCACGACCCUAACCCUUCCUUUCCUGGGUUUUAUGGGAAACUGUAACUGGUCCGAGUGUAGUUCCUGGCUUGUGGCGCUUCCUUGUUCCUUUCCACCUUUCAGCGACAGGGUGUGGAUUCCCAGGAUCAAGAGGAAGUGGGAGGGGAAUCGGGCAGCUGAACGUGCACCAUCUGCUGUUCUGUCACGAUCAGUUAAACCCUUUAAUGCAAGCGGUCUGUUGCCGCCUGCUGAUGUCACUCCCCUCUGUGCCACCGCGAACUGCUGCCAAACUUGGUGGUGGAGAAUGCCCUCAAGUCCUGGCUAACUAAUGGUGACCCCUGGCGGGGUCUUCAUGGUAGGAGACUAACAGAGGUGGUUUGCCAUUGCCUGCCUCCGCUACCCUGGGCGCUUCCUUGGUCUCCCAUCCAAUUACUAACCAUGGCUUAGCUUCUGAGAUCUGACACAAUCAGGCUCACCUGGGGUAUCUGGGUCAGGGUGCUGCCAAACUUACUGGGAAAAUAUUAGGCUGUGAAUUCGCAACAAACCAGAGUAUAUUUGAUUGAUGUGAAAAAUGAAUUUAUUUGUUUUAUAUGGAAUUCUUUUUGAUUUUAUAGACAUGAUCCCUGAUUUUCCUCACGCUAUUACAUUUGGACAGUUUUUUUAAAAGCCAGAUAUACCUAGGAUGCCAGAGUGUGAAGCAGUACAAGAGAGAAGCAUUUCCUUGCUGUGCAUUGGUUGUGGCUCUUUGUGAUGGCUAUCACAGGAGAGGGGUUGUAGAGAGAGGCUUUGUUUAUCUCUCUCACUUCACACCUGCUUCUCCUAAUUUUCUUUCUAGCCUGGUUCACACGUUGCUGUGAAUGCAUGUAUAUCCUGUGUCCACUGUAAAUGGGCCGCAUGUGCGUUCGCUGGAACAGGUGAACGGGGCUUCUGUACGUCCCUUCUUUGCACACACCCCAAUCCCUGCUUUGGCUCCCCGUCUCUCACACCCCAUUCCAGCUUCCUCCUCCAAUCCAGCUUGCACAGGCUCAACCCCGUUCCCUCCCCUGCCAGCUCCCCGGACUCCUGGGUCCCAUCUCAAGCUGAGCAGGGUGGGGCAGCAGCCAAGGAGCAGAAUGGCUGCCCCAAGGCUUCGGGUUCCCAUUCUCUUUCCACUGCAUCCUGCUGGGUGUGUGAUGGCCAGGGCGGGGGGCAUGUUUUCCACUGCCCUCCUCAGCAGUUUCCAAAGACCAGCGGGAGACUUGGAGAGGCGCACAGAGGUGAGGACAGGCGUUUUGCGAGAAGCUGGCCCUCUCCCCUGCACUGCCUUGCCUCUUCUCUACAGCCAUCUUUCUUCAUCAGCAUCCCCAGCUGGUGUCACAUGUUGAGGUUUUUUGGGGGAGGGGUGUGCGCGCGCGCGCGCGCGUGUGUGUGUGUGUGUGUGUGUGUGAGAGAGAGAGAGAGAGAUCUUGCAACACCUGCGUUUGGACAAUCUUGCCAUUUUUCUUUUCUUUUAAGUGUUUCUGCAAACCUGGGGCCUGUCCCAGAGCUGUAGAAAAAUCUUACUUCUCUACACACACACCCAUUGGGUGGCUUCAGAAUGAGAUAGAACAAACAAGGAACCCACAAGGACUUGUGAGGGGCAUUUCAAUUUCUCUUCCCCACUAUUUUCCCUUUCCCGGAAGCCAUCAGAGCCCCUUCGCUUUUCCUGCUUCUUUUUGCCUUCCUGUGUUUUAGCCCAUCUACCUCUGCCUGCCCCAUCUUCAGCUUUUCAUCCUUCCCUUCCUCUGGCAGCCUCUUUCCUGGAAAACCAGGGUCCAGUCUAGUGCUGGCCUCUAGGCCCAGCUGAAUAGUGGGGAACCUGCAAGGCCUUGCUGGCACCUCGCUUUCCCCUAAAUCCCCUCUCCCCACAUAGUCCCUCUUUCCCCCCUCCUGGCAACCCCUCUGAUCCUCACAGUUCCUGCUUAUUUUCCCCCUAACCAAGCAACCUGCCUUUUCUCUGCACCCCGCCCCCCUUCAGCUGUGUCUAUUAACUUCAUUUAUACUUAGCCUUUCCCACCAAUGGGGACUCAAAAGUCCUUUACAUCAGUAUUUUAUCCUCACAAGAAGACAGGUAGGUGAGGCUGAGAAUAACUGGCCUGAAGUCACAUGGUGAGCUUAACCUGGAUCUUCCAAGUCCUAAUCUUGAAACUCUUUACCCAUUGUAUUGCACAGGCUUUGAUAGGAUAGCUGCUACUGAACAAUAGCAAGCUGCAGAGUGUAAUAACAUUUGAUUUCUAUACCGCCCUUCAGGACAACUUAAUGCUCCCUCCGAGAGGUUUAUAAAGUAUGUUGUUAUCCCCACAACAAACCCCCUGUGAGGUGGGUGGGGCUGAGAGAGCUCCAGAGAGCCAUGACUAGCCCAAGGUCACUCAGCUGGCUUCAAGCGGAGGAGGGGGGAAUCAAACCUGGCUCUCCACUACUACACCAAACUGGCUCUCAGGCGAGUCAUUGCAAGUCAAGAAGUAGCAAGUUGCUUGCAGUUGCUGGUGGGGCUGGCCCCCAGUAAGUCCUCCCUCAAUGGCACCGAAAUGAGUCCCCGACUUUUCCUGAUGGAAUCCAGGGCUUGAAAGCCAGCAAUAUUGUUGUGGUUGCCUAGCAAUGGCCACUGAGGGCAUUCAUUUCUUAAAGCUACAGUUGUUGCUUCUAUUAUUUGGAGAGGUUUCCUAUCAAGUUUUCCCCUUCGAUUUCAUAUUUUUCUGCAAACCUGGGGCUUUUUUCAGGUUUGUAGAAAGAUUGGUCUUGUCUGUUCAUAAUUUCAGGGUCUGGAUUUACAUAUAUAAAGAUUUGGUAAUGUUGAAAUCAUAAAAAAUUCCAUAAAGUGACAACAACAACAAACUACAGCAGCUACUAAAAGCAAAGCCACAUCAGUUGCAGCCUGAUUGUCUUUGAAAAGGACUCAACGGCCACAUGUUCACUAUCAGUCAAAGAACAAGCAAUGAGAAAAAAGGAAGAGAUUUUCCCAGAAAGGACUUGCACAUGCUGUGCCACCACUGAGAAUGCCCUGUAAAAAUGCAACUCCUUUGUACCCAAUUGAGUGAUCGCUCACUCCGAGUUCAGCCACAUAGAAACAGAACUGUCACUCUUCAACUGAAACGGGGCAAUAUCCUCCUUGCAAGCAGGUCUGUAUGAAGAGGGAUUCCCCCUGUAAGGAAUCUGCUUUAAACUGAACAGUACCUUUUUUUUCCUGGGCUCCAGGUACUUUAAACUCUCAGCAAUACAUACGUAGAAGUUUUUUGAGUUAUUUGGCUUGCAUUAAAGUGCUUAUUAAGCAAGAAAUUAGCAACUAUAUUAGUAUGAAGAUUAUACAAACAGAACAAGAAGGAAAAGUACAAGAAACAAUUUUACUUCGCCUCAUUUAUUUGGAUUUAUAAAGCUAUCUACCUCCAUACGUAUAAAGAAAUCCACUAAAUCAAAGUAUGUAACUCAAAAAGUGUCUCAAUCAGUCCUGUGUAUAAGAGAGAGCUCACCUAGUAUUAUAUAUCUAAUUCCAGACCGGUCCAUAGUGUGUGGAUAAAUAGCUAUUUUUUGUUGAGCUUGAGGGAAGGAUUUUGCUACAAACCUGAAAAGUCUCAGAUUUGCAGAAAAUACUGAAAUCUUUAUCAAGGAAUUAAAACUUGCCACUAUGUACUUUUAUGAAGAGUACUGUGGGUGUAGAUCAGAGUGAGAUGGAAUGCAAUUUUCCCGUUUUGCACAGAACUGCUACCGGAAGAAAUGUUGUGUGCCCAUUUUCUUCUUUUAGUAAACCUUUGUUGUUUGAACUAAACGUCUUUGAGUUGUUUCCUGUGGGCAUGCUGGUCCCUAAUUAUGCUCUGAAGGGCGAGGCUGAACCGUUCCAGUUUCUUGCACAAGCGUGAUCGCUGCUGCUUGCGGCAGCUCCACCAGAGCGAGGGGGUGAAUGUCACUCAGAGGGGAGCCUGUAAGAUGCUCUAGAGAAAAAGUGGCUGGGGUCCGAAUGUGCUACUCUGAGACUCUAAAAAAUGAUUGGGUGUUGGCAGAGAGAGAAAGAUAGGAGGGUGAAGCGUCUGAUUUGGAGUGGAAGGAAACAGUCCGGUGAGAAUAGCGAGCAUUGCUAGGCCGGUGCUGGCAAACGUGGGGGGGGGGGGGGUCAUGAUCAACUUUUAUGCCUUUACGUAGAACUAUGGUACGGCCACAUCAGGAAUAAAGUAUACAUGAGAUGCCUGGGAGUUUUUUUCUGUUCUGUUAUUAAUUACAAAAAAGACUGUUUGGGUAUUGGCUUGUUCUGCAUGGGUUAUUUUUUAUUACUGUUUUUUUCAUUGUUGCUGUUUUUGUUUUAAUUCAAUUUUAUUUAUUAUUUGUCAUUUAUUAUCUGCCUUUCUCACUGAGACUCAAGAUAGAUGACUAGUGUGAGAUCAAUACAGUCAAUAGACUAACAUUCAAUUUAUAUACCGCCCUUCAGGAUGACUUAACACGCACUCAGAGCGGUUUACAAAGUAUGUCAUUAUUGAUGUAUUG